CCCUAAUCGUAGAUUCUCCCCCAGAAGUGCAGUCUGUCCACGGACCGCCCGAUCCGAAGCUCAUAGCCAAAGGAAUAGGGAGGAUUGGAGUGGAGGUCUCACUCUGACAAACAAGGAGUAAAAAGACCAGAGUGAGUGAGACAGAGAGAUGGAGCAGCAACACGAAGAGCAAGAGCACGAAGUUUACGGAGGAGAGAUCCCCGACGAGGGUGAGAUGGACGCCGACGUGGAGAUGUCUUCUAGGGUUGAAGAUGAGGAUCUUCAAGACCCCAACUCCAAGGAGUUGGAGGACAUGAAGAAAAGGCUUAAGGAAAUCGAAGAAGAAGCCGGCGCUCUUCGCGAAAUGCAGGCCAAGGUCGAGAAGGAGAUGGGCGCUGUUCAAGAUUCAUCCGGCACUUCUGCAACUCUGGCUGAAAAGGAGGAAGUGGAUGCUCGAUCCAUUUAUGUUGGUAAUGUUGACUAUGCAUGUACUCCUGAAGAAGUCCAGCAGCACUUUCAAUCUUGUGGAACAGUAAACAGAGUGACGAUUUUGACCGACAAGUUUGGGCAACCAAAAGGAUUUGCUUAUGUUGAGUUUGUCGAAAUUGAUGCUAUUCAGAAUGCUCUCCUGUUAAAUGAAUCUGAAUUGCAUGGUCGUCAAUUGAAGGUCUCUGCUAAGCGAACAAACAUUCCUGGAAUGAAACAAUAUCGAGGAAGGCGACCUAACCCAUAUUUAGGUUUUCCAUCCCGAAGGCCUUUCAUGCCUGUCUAUCCUUCAUAUGGUUAUGGGAGGAUUCCAAGGUUCAGACGACCCAUGCGGUACAGGCCAUAUUAAUUGCCGAAUCCAUUGCUUUACUGGGUUCCGCGAUUUGAGAAAACCGUUACCUUAUGUUGUAUAAUGGACAUGGUUAAUGUGAUUUUUCCUCCAAAAUUUGAUCUUGUAGUGGUAUAUUUGUCAUUUCAUGCAUUUACCUGCUAUCUAUGGAAGGGAUGGGAUAAAAGGGCAAAUAUUUAUUGUAGUGAAAAUUAUCUUUAGGCCUCCAUAAGUUCCUCUGCCAGAUUUGUAAUUUUCCGUUCAGUUUGGAUGAUCUCAGAUAUUUGAGAAAUUCAAAUUAACCACAUAUUUGCUUUGAA